UUUCUUCCAAUCGCCUUCCAUCGCCACAUCGCCACCUCGAUCCACAAUGAGCGGGCGGAGUUUGUCCAACCCGUACGACUGUAGUCUUGCGUAGAAGGAAAGAGAAAAGGGAAGAGACAGCAACAGCAAACAUCAGGUUAAAUUAUUAGAAUUGAAUCAAUUCACAAUCAUGAAGAGCCAAAGAACGACGAGACGGCGAAUGAGUACAAGUAUCCGAUGGAAUCUUGGUCGGGCCCAUUUUUUAUUGGCGGGUCUCUUGCUGCUGUGGAAUAAUAGCCAAUGGCUCAAUGGUGCGACUUGCAGCAGUCUGGAUAGUGGCCUUUCCGCGUACAUCAGCAGUGGUCUCCCCGUGGCGUGUGCAGCGCUGGAUCGACGAAAAGCCAGAUUACGUAGUACUAAUACAGAAGGAGAUGCUGUCGGAGUGAGCAAUGGUACGGCAGAUUUUAAGCAAGCAGAGAGCAAACGACAGCCCAAAACAUUUGGUCAAAUAUUAGCCAAGGCUGGGCAUAAGGCCGUGGGAGGGGGAAUACCAGGAAUGGUGGCAGGAGUUGUUCAGGUCUUAUCAUUGAUGUGGCUCCGCACAAUCAUCAACUAUCAAUGCAGAUAUGGCACCACUUUUCGAGAGGCGUGGGUGACGCUCUACAAAGAUGGCGGGAUUUCUCGAUUCUACCAGGGCAUGGGGUUUGCCCUCUUCCAAACACCCCUCAGUCGAUUUGGAAGCACCGCCGCCAAUGAUGGUGUCGAGACAUUCAUGGCCGCCUUUACCAACUGGGGACCCGGACGGACCACCGUCGUGGCCAGUGUCGUUGUGGGGUUGUGGAGGAUUGCCAUUAUGCCCUUGGACACGUUCAAAACUGUCCUCCAGGUGGAUUCCGCCCAGGGAUUUCAUACGCUCUGGCGCAAAGUCAAAGCCGGCAAUUUUGGUGUUCUCUAUCAGGGAGCUGCUGCCAUGGCAUUGGCUGCCAUGGCGGGACAUUAUCCAUGGUUUUACACGUACAACGUCUUGUCGCAGAGCAGCAUUAUCCAACGUGCCGUUUCCAGCUCGCUCCUCCGAAACGCCUUUAUUGGUGUCAUAGCAAGUAUUGUGAGUGAUACGAUCGUCAACUCGAUACGAGUCGUCAAAACCAUGAAGCAAACCAUGGGAUCCAAGCACCAUGGAGGAAUGGGGUACACCGAAACGAUCCGGAUCAUUUUGGCUGCAGAUGGAUGGAAAGGUUUGUUUGGGCGUGGCCUGCAGACUCGAAUAUUUGCCAAUGGAUUACAAUCACUAGUGUUCACAGUGAUUUGGAGGGGUUUGGCGGAUCAUUGGAGGAGAAAAGCAGAAAAUGGCAACGCCUAACUAUGACCAACCACAAAAAUUACCUGUAUAAACUAUGCCAACUACGCAGCAUCCAACCAAACCAAGCCAUUGUUCUCAACAGGGCAGCUACGGUGCCGAAAGUAAAACCAAAUCUGCAAUCUUCCAGCAGAAAAUUGGCUACCUGUUCUGAACGAAGUCGGUUGCUGCUCUUGUCCUCUCUCUGUCUCAACCCUCGAGGGAACUCGACGUAGCGACAAGCCCAAGAGAAUGUGUGCUCGAAACGAAAGAACAGAGUUAGUGUUCUCGACCUUUCGUUACUUGCCAUCACGAGAAACUGGAGGAUCCCAACUUUAUUAUGGUAGGUAGAGCUGUACCGGUAGGUCAUCACACAUGGAUAGCUUAAAUAAUGAAAAAUGAGAUCACGGUACGGUGGGUGUGGGUUGCCAAGGAGCGAGAAUGGGCAAGUUAGUUGCCUCCAAGACAAAAAGGAGGAUGAGUUGCAAGGCAGCACGCAACCGGAACAAGGAGAUGGUUGUAUUACAGUCGACAUUCAACCGUAUUUUCAGAUAUUGAGUUUGCGGCAAAGGAGGCCCGGUAUCUCGGGCUGCCCUUUAUAGAGCGGAUUUGGAGCUUGUGCGUUUGUGCCAGUGCAGGCAUCGUAUUAGUAGGAGGAAAAGACUCUAGCUAGCUAGUAGUACACUGCAGACUGUUUCUAACCUUCGAGAGCGCGAAUCGAAGCUCAGAUGGAAGCAGACAGUUCCAAAGUUCAAUGUGUUUGCCGCACACGAGAGUAUCUGCCCUCUGCCUCCCGUGCGUACCAGCUCCCGACCAUGGUUGUGUCAGUGGAGCCACUAGUAGAUUUCGUCGUCUGUGCACAUCAUUUCCCUUUUCAUUUCCCUUUUCAUGGUUACUGCACACCUCCACACUGUUCGUUCAGCCCCUUUGUACCUAUCGUAUACGUACCAGGUAGCACAAUGCGAAUAGCUCUGCAAUACACACCCACAGAAAAGCAACAUAGAUGUCCUUCUACCUUUUAUGAAUCCGGUUACUAUGAUGUGGUUUGGGGAUGGACUCGAGCUGCCGUGCACGGCAGUGCAGGGGCUCCCUUUUUCUGUGCAUUUCCCCGUACCAGGUACCAGAGUACGAGCUACUAGCUAGUACCAAUAGAAGGAAUUCAUCUUGCAGCAGAUACCGUACUGGUACCUUCAUAGCCGCAGGAUCUUUGGCUCGUUUCUCUGCAUUGGUUCAUGUCAAUGACGUGCAAGUAUACUUAUGGGCAACAACUUGUCUCGUGUGGGAGUGGGACUGAAGAACCUCUCUAAUCCACCCGCCUCGAUCAGCACUGCACGAUCGAUCCAGCAAUGCUUUCAUCUCCCAAAUAUAUAACAUUGUUCCUCACAAAUACGCCAACACACACAACACAAAAGGAAAUCUCAAAUCCAAAUACACCAACAUCCAUAAACAGAUAGCUACAAUAAUUAAUAAAUGUGUGUCAUCAUC